AUGAGUUAUGAAUCGGAAGCCUGCUGUGAUCAAUUAUAUAUCUACGAUGGCACAAGCGCUUCAUCGACUCUCAUUGCCACGCUUACUGGCGAAGAACAUGAUGGAGACUCGUUCAGGUCAUCGGGGUCAGCCGUUCUUAUUGAAUUUCGAAGUGAUCGUUUGAAAAAAGAUGGUGGAUUUUCUUUGCAUUUUUCCGAUUUCAUGCUGGAUUUAACGAACGACGAUACGGACACCGAUAUGAAAAAUCUAACACUGAAAAUGCCAAGAAACGAAACAUUCUCAAUAUUUCAGGACCAAGGAAUGAUUUCUAGUCCGGGUUAUCCCGUUACCUACCCACCGUCAUCUUUUCUAACCUGGGAAAUCACUUCAUCCCCUGGUACAUUCAUUAUUUUGGAAAUCUUAAAUUUUAAUGUCCAGUAUGGCGAAGAACUGCGUGUUCAUGACGAUUCCAAUGGUGAACUUCUUUGGAAGUUGCGUACUGUAGAUGUAAACAUGUAUUCAAGCUACAAUUACGCUGGAGUGUACGAAUCAACUGCUAAUAAACUUCUACUGUCGUUUUCAACGUUGGAGAAACGCGUAAGUUUGCGUGGUUUUAAUGCAUAUUUUUACUCGAAAACUCAAAAAUCGCACCACAUAAGUUUGAAUGCAGAUGACACAAAUUGGCAAACGCUAACGUCACCCAACUUUCCAGAAAACUAUGGCAAUAAUAUGAAUAUUAAUUGGACUAUAUCAACUACAGGAGAUAACGUAAUUCGUGUUGAAAUAGAAACUUUGAACUUAGAACCAGUUUACGACACCCUGAUCAUAAUCGAUAAUAACAUACCCAGCGAAUGGAAGCUAAUAGAAUCAGUUUCUGGAAUUGGCGGGGAAAAAUUGGAGUACAUCUCACAUAGUAAUACAGUUUCUUUAAUAUUCAACUCUGAUGAUUCCAUAUCAAGUUCUGGUUUCAAAAUUAAUUAUAAGGUUUAUCGGGUUUCAAAAUCCAUGGAUGAAACGUUGGAAUGGCAAGAAGGUCUUGUAAUGAAUCCUGAUUAUCCCAGCAACACAUAUAUCUACAGCGAUUGCUAUUGGUUGAUAAGAGUCAACGACGGAUUUCAUGUCAAUUUUAUUAUUGAUGUAUUUCGUUCGUAUGACGGUACUUUUACAGUUUAUGAUGGAGAAUCAAAGUCUAAUGAUAUAUUGUGGUCUGGUACAAAUGCAUUAUUUACCGAUGGAAUUAGUUUUGUAUCCUCGUCCAGCGACGUUUUCGUGAGUUUGAACUUAAGGUUCAGUUAUUCCUUUAAAUAUGCCUUUCGAUUCAAUGCUGUCACGUCAGAACUAAGCCGAAACUGUUUUGAAACACUUACUUCAGCACCCGAUGUAAUACUUUCGCCAUAUUAUCCGAAUUACUAUCCUACAGGAAGCGACUGCCAAUGGCUGGUUCAAGCACCCCAGCAAUACACUGUCUCCGUUUACAUUGACGCGAUAUCUCUGGGAUAUUAUGAUUCGUUGGAUUUUUAUGAUGGCAACUCGACUGAUGUGGUUCUGGCACAUUGCGAUAUAUAUAAUUGUAGCAACGGCAUGUAUAUAGGAAGUUAUGAUUCUCAAAUGCUGAUAAAAAUGAACAGCAGUGACAGCGAUAACUCAGGAAAUGGAUUUUUCAAAUUGAAAUAUACAUUUUGUGAAAAUUCUGUGUGUUCCGAAACAGUCAUGUCUCCUAACUAUCCAAAUGAAUAUCCAAACAUGUAUUCUGAAAUAUACAGCAUCGAGGUUCCAAGUGGAGUUGUCUAUUUUGAAUUCAAAACAUUUGAUACGGAGUCAUGCUGUGAUCAUUUGGAUAUAUAUGAUGGAAAUUCCGUUAAUUCAUCACUAAUUGUGCAGCUGAGCGGUUAUCGUGAAGGAUUCAACGGUCAAACUACUGGGCGGUUUUUAACAAUGAUGUUUACUACUGAUGGAUCAGUUACAAGAUCUGGUUUCUUAAUGAAAUAUUAUAAUGCCACCAUUGAGAGCAAUGCUGUUUAUUACAAUUUGUACCAAACAGACAAAUAUUACUAUUAUAAUUCCCAACAAAAGAUUAUAUUAUCCCCGGGAUACCCAGGCUUAUACCCGAAUGGCGUCGACUAUUAUUGGUAUUUUCAUGGGAAUGCAAAUAACUAUAGGAUUGAAUUUAUAGUUUACAAGUUGGAUUUAGAUUCUUCCGAUUUUCUAAAGUUUUACGAAUUUUUUGGCGUUGACUCUACAAAUCUUAGACAUACCUUAACGGGAAAUGGAUAUCAUAGUGACUCAUCUAUAAGCAUUCACAAUACUAGAUCAACAAUGUGGCUAUAUUCGGACUCAACAUUUAGUGGCGAGGGAUUUAACAUAGGAUAUGUCUAUUAUAGAUAUUAAAGUUGAUUGGCAAUACUUUAGCAUGAGGUCUAUCCUCCCGCUAC